AUGCCAGCCCCAUACAAGAAAGGAUCCGAGAAGAAAGGUGCUACCCUUUUCAAAACCAGAUGCAUGCAAUGCCACACCAUCGAACAAGGUGGACCUAACAAGGUUGGACCUAAUUUGCACGGAAUUUUCGGUCGUCGCUCCGGUAAGGCUGAAGGUUACUCUUACACUGAAGCUAACAUCAAGAAAGAUGUGGAAUGGAACGAACAGACCAUGUCUGACUACUUGGAAAACCCAAAGAAAUACAUCCCAGGAACCAAAAUGGCUUUCGGUGGUCUAAAGAAAGAAAAGGACAGAAACGAUAUUGUCACUUACAUGGUUAAAGCUGCCAAAUAA